UAACUCUGUUAUUGUUACCUAACUGAGCUGCAAGUGCAAUAUUAUUGUGGACAAAAAAGGUUGAAGAAGAGGCUGCAUUACUUGUUAAUAUAAUUUGUGUUUAGCUGGUUUUGAUAUUGUCAUGAAAGACUCCAAUUCUGAACUCUGAAUAAAAGACACACAGAAUGCAUGUGAAGUUGGUGCGACUUUUGUCCCACCCAUUAUUGAAGUGCCAGCAGGGUUUGACGUGUUCACGGCUGCAGUACUGGCGACGAUAUGCUUCGGCCGAGGCAGAGCGAAAACCUCUACGACGAGCAACAAUGGGAUCUUGGCAGAUGCAUGAUUAUGGUGGCCCUGAUGCUUUGACAUUUUCCUCCACUGCACGUGUUCCCCGUAUACACAGUCCCAAUGAAGUGCUGGUGGAAAUACAUGCUGCCAGUGUCAACCCAAUAGAUGUUCUCAUGACAAAGGGUUAUGGAAAAGAUAUUCUGAAUAUCAUGAGGGGCAAAACCUCCCCAAUAUCCACGGCUGCAGAAUUUCCUUUGGUGUUUGGCCGGGACUUCUCCGGAGUGAUUGCUCAGAAAGGAAAGGCAGUCCGUAACUACAAGAUUGGAGAUGAGGUUUGGGGAACUCUCGGAGGUCAGAAACAAGGAUCACAUGCCCAGUUCGCAGUAGCAGAUUUGAAUGAGAUUUCUAAGAAACCUAAGUCUCUCAGUCACACUGAUGCUGCAUCUAUUCCAUAUGUAGCAGCUACAACCUGGGCAGCACUGGUUCAGGUCGGAGAAUUAAACUCUCAAAAUACACAAGGAAAAAGGAUUUUGGUUCAUGGUGCAUCUGGUGGAAUCGGAACUUUUGCAAUACAGCUGUUGAAAUCUUGGGGUGGUCAUGUCACUGCUAUUUGCGGUACAGACGGAGUAGACCUUGUCCAUGAAUUGAGAGCGGAUGCUGUCAUCGAUUAUAAAACCCAAGAUCCUAAAUCUGAACUGCUGCAAAUGGAAAAAUUUGAUUUAAUAUAUGAUCCACUUGGAAAGGAGAAGACAGGCUAUUCUAUUGAUUUUCUUGAAAAUUGGAAAGGUGGAAAAUUUGUAACGAUAGCAUCUCCCCUUCUACCAGAAACAGAUAGCCAUGGUCUCCUCCCUGGGGCCCUCAAAUGGGGAGCUGACCUGGGACUCAACAUCCUCAAGGGUUUCAGAGAAGGGAAAAAUUACAGAGUUGCAUUCUUCAUGCCAAAUGGGAAAGCAUUGGGCACCAUUGCCAGCAUGGUGGAUGAAAAGCAGAUUAAGCCUGUGGUAGAGAAAGUGUUCUCCUUUGAAGAAGUACCUGAAGCUUAUGAGAAAGUUGGACAACUGCAUGGACGUGGCAAAACAGUGAUAUGUGUGAAAACAUGACAAAAACGAUGUGAUUCAAAGACAAAAUUUUGAAAUUGAGAAUUUUCAAUUUAAAAGAGAUUUUAUUGUAUUAAAUAUCCCUGUGUUCAUCUGUAUAUUUCAACAUAAUCAUUUGCUUGUGUGUUGCUUCUCUCAUUUUCACACAACCAGACAGAGACAUAUAGGAACCGUUUCCAAAAGAACAAUUAUGAUAAGUCAGUUAUUUCUCAUAUAUUUGUCCCUGCUAUUUUAGGUUUUUUGUUUGGAAUAAGAUUUUUGAUAGGACCGACAGGAACUUAGCACGAAUUCCCCACCCACGGCCCAUUUAUUAAAAUGUAUGUAUGUACAAAAAAUGUAUUUAUAUGUGUCGUGUAUAUUUAGGACUUCGGCGAAUAAUUCGUGUCAAGUCCCCAUGAUACGAUAAGACCUUUUUUGUUAUUGAGUAAAAAUAAAACCCA